UUUUUAAUUUCCAAUUAAAUUAAUUCCUCAUUUUAUUUUUAGCCUUCAAUAGCUGAAUAUUAACCCAAAGCCAAGGAAAAAUCAAUUAUCUUGUUUUACUUUUUUUUUUUUGUCGAAUAAUUAUAUCAGGGAAAAAUGAGCAGUCGUGCAAGUCGCACUCUUUAUGUAGGCAAUCUUCCGGGAGAUAUUCGUCAGAGAGAAGUGAAAGACUUGUUUUACAAGUAUGGGCCCAUAGUUGAUGUUGAUUUGAAAAUCCCACCGAGACCUCCUGGCUAUGCUUUUGUUGAGUAUGAAGAUGCUCGUGAUGCUGAAGAUGCAAUUCGUGGUCGUGAUGGAUAUAACUUUGAUGGAUGCCGCUUACGAGUUGAGCUUGCACAUGGUGGACGAAGGCUUUCAUCCCCGGGAGAUCGUUAUAGCAGUUAUAGUGGUAGCAGCGGAAGCCGUGGAACUUCCAGGCGCUCCGACUAUCGUGUUCUGGUCACUGGAUUGCCUUCUUCUGCUUCAUGGCAAGAUCUCAAGGAUCAUAUGCGACUAGCUGGGGAUGUCUGCUUUUCUCAGGUCUUUCGUGAUCGUGGUGGUAUGACUGGAAUUGUAGAUUAUACAAACUAUGAUGAUAUGAAGCGUGCUAUCAAGAAACUUGAUGACUCGGAGUUUCGAAAUGCAUUUUCUCGGGCUUAUGUACGGGUGAAGGAGUAUAGUUCAAGGAGGAGCUACUCAAGGAGUCCUAGUCGUAGCCCAUAUGGCCGAAGUCGGAGCUCAAGCUGGAGCCGGAGUCGUAGCUAUAGUGACAGAAGCAGGUCUCCUAGGGCUAAAUACUCUCGCCACUCUCGAUCUUUAUCUGUUUCCUCACGUUCUCCGGCAGGAUCAUCUCCCCGAUCUUCUAGAUCCCGGUCAAGAUCAAUAUCUCCUCUUGCAUCACCUCGCAGCAAAAGAGCAGGUAGAAGCCCAGGCAGACUUGGCAGAAGCAGAAGCCAUGAAUCUCGAUCCCGUUCACCUGUGGGAUCUGAUCGUAGCCGAUCAGCAGGCUCUCUGGACUCCAGGGAUUGAUAUUGAAGAUUUUUCUUGCGUAGUUGUAAAAUGUUAUCAACUAGAUGUAGUUAAAACAUACGAAUCAUUGCAUGCCGAACUAUUGUUCAAUUUAUGAGAUCACAUUUGCGUUGGUCGAGGAUGUUUGAGCUGUUGAUGGAGAAUAGAAAGAUCGUUCAUUGAUUUUCGAA